AUGCCCCAGCGUGCGGUUCCAGCCGGCCCGCAGCCAUCACUCGACCACGACGACACUUCACUGAUUACGACUCCUCCGACCUCACGUCCGGCCACCAGCGCAUCGAUUCCCGCGCCUGACCACCCGCGCGACGAGGUACAGGAAGCUCCUGCUGCCAUCGGCCAGUCCACUGAGAAGUCCGUUUUUUCGACAGCCUCGGCCCAUGGUCCUUCAGACGUGCUGGCCAUCUGCACGUCUUCCCCGACCCCCAUGGCCCACGACACUUAUGACACGUCAGGCUCCACGAUGGCUACCUCGCCACACGCCCUGGAGUGUUCCCUAGACACGGACAUCGUCCCGCCCGCUAUACGACCCCCGAUUGCGGAGGCAUCGCCAGCGAUGAUGUCCGACGAACCCCAGCGACCAACCUCGCCCUCGCAGUCUCUCGCGGCCGAAUUCCCAGCCCCUAACCACCGAUGGCCGAACUUCCGAGACGCUGCGACUAUGACUGAUGCGCCUGAGGAGGACGUGCCUGGUCAGCGUACACCAGAGCUGACCGCAUAUGUCACGCCAGCCACAGAGGCACACAUCCAGCAUGCCGACCUGCGCACCAGCCCUCGUGAGCCGACCACCGUAGAGACUUUCACAAGCACAGGUUCGCCGUCCGAACCUGCAGCAGAGACCACGCCUGCUCAGCUUCACCACAGGUUUCCUGCGGAGCCCUUGACGCAGGACACCAUCCACCCGACAAUGAAGCCAUCGCCCUCAAGGGUAUCCAUGGGUGGCGGAGGCAUCCCUUCGUGCGUCGUCAUGUGA